AGCGCGCAUGCGCAUAAAGGUCUGGAUACCCGAAGGGCGGUACCCCUGUAGCUAGUCGCGAGCCGUCCUGGUGUCUGAGCGGGACUUCACAGCUGCGUGCAGGUUAGAGGCCAGCAAGUUGCAAGCUGCGCGGCCAGUCCACUUCCAGCGGAGCGGAGUCAAAGGCGGGAGUCGGCCCCAUCAUGGCCGCGAACUAUUCCACCACAGGUACCAGGAGAGAACAUGUCAAAAUUACGUCGGACCCCCAGCCAGGCUUCUUGGAGCGGCUGAGUGAGACCUCGGGGGGCAUGUUUGUGGGACUCAUGACCUUUUUGCUGUCUUUCUAUUUGAUUUUCACCAAUGAGGGCCGUGCGCUGAAAACGGCAACCUCACUGGCCGAGGGGUUGUCGUUGGUGGUGACCCCAGACAGCAUCCACAGUGUGGCUCCUGAGAAUGAGGGCAGGCUGGUGCACAUCAUCGGGGCGCUUCGGACAUCCAAGCUCUUGUCUGACCCAAACUAUGGGGUGCAUCUUCCGGCUGUGAAGCUGCGGAGGCAUGUGGAGAUGUACCAGUGGGUGGAGACGGAAGAGUCCAGGGAGUACACUGAGGACGGGCAGGUGAAGAAGGAGACACGAUACUCCUACAAUACCGAGUGGCGAUCAGACAUCGUCAGCAGUAGGAAUUUUGACCGGGAGAUUGGCCACAAAAACCCCAGUGCCAUGGCGGUGGAGUCCUUCACGGCCACUGCCCCCUUUGUCCAGAUUGGCAGGUUUUUCCUCUCAGCAGGCCUUAUAGACAAAAUCGACAACUUCAAGCCACUCAGCCUGUCCAAACUGGAGGACCCCCACGUGGACAUCAUCCGCCGGGGGGACUUUUUCUACCACAGCGAAAACCCCAAGUACCCGGAGGUGGGAGAUCUGCGUGUCCAUUUUUCCUAUGCAGGACUGAGCAGCGACGACCCGGACCUGGGCCCGGCCCAUGUGGUCACAGUGAUCGCCCGGCAGCGGGGUGACCAGCUGGUUCCUUACUCUACCCGGUCAGGGGAGACUUUGCUUCUCUUGCACCAUGGUGACUUCUCUGCAGAGGAGGUGUUUCACAGAGAACACAGGAGCAACUCCAUGAAGACCUGGGGCCUGCGGGCGGCCGGCUGGAUGGCCAUGUUCAUGGGCCUCAAUCUCAUGACGCGGAUCCUCUACACCCUGGUGGACUGGUUUCCCGUCUUCCGAGACCUGGUCAACAUCGGCCUGAAAGCUUUUGCCUUCUGCAUGGCCACCUCGCUGACACUACUGACUGUGGCUGCUGGCUGGCUCUUCUACCGGCCUUGGUGGGCAUUCCUCAUUGGCUGCCUGGCCUUGGUGCCCAUCCUCAUUGUCCGGACACGGGUGCCUGCCAAAAAGCUGGAGUGAAGGAAGCCCUAGCAUCUGCCUGACCCCUACGGCAGCCUUGGGAUCCAGGCCACCCCAUGCCGUGGCCCAGCUCCAUCUACGAACCUCAGGGGCAGUCUUGGAUUCUUGGACUGCACCCACUGCUCUUGAACAUGCUUGUCAGGCUUGGUGUUCAGAGGUUUACCCCACCUUCUUUCUUGCUGUAGGCAGCUUUGGACAUGGCAGUUCGAGGGCGGUAACCCAAUAAGCAGUCUUCCUGGUUGCCCCCAUUGUCCUGGGAUUAUGUGGAUGGGGCAGUGAUGUUCCAGAGGUCUGCUGGGGGUGGGUCAGCGGUCACUCUGUACUUCUCAAGUGUGAAGACUGCUCGGCCUGUUACAUCCAUGACCCCAGAGAAUAGCCUUUGCCAACACCAGACCUACCACGCACUGGCCUGGGGUGGCAGGUGCACCCAGAGCAGGUCUGUGGACAGAAUCCUAUUUAGCACUUAACAGUCACUCUUUUUUUUUUUUGUACUAGGGAUCAAACUCAUGACCUUGUGCUUGCCAGGCAGGUGUUUAUGCCACUGAGCUAAAUCCCUGGGCCUUAACAGUCACUCUGGAUGUCACAAUUAGCAGAAUGGCACAUCUGCUGGCUGUGUAUCCCUGUGGUCUCUCCGGGCAAGGCCUUUUCAGCUAGUGAGACCUCCAAAGCCUUAUUUAUGUUUUUCUUUGGUAUUUUGCUUCUACCCCAGGUUUUCAUUGGAGACCUAAAAAAACCAAAUCUCCUGAGUGAUAGACCCCUGACUAUUGUAGAUGUCAGCCUUGAGUCUGUCCUUUGAGAUUAAUUCAUAUCACAGAAAGCUGCCGAACUGGGUGUGACUCAGCUGAUGUGAAAGCAUGGUACAAAGCUUUGAGCUUUUGGAACAAGUGUCAGCCAAGGGAUUUGCUUUCUCUGCUCACCUGAUGACGGUUUGAGCUUGCAGUCAGCCACCUGGGAUGGGGCUGGAAGCCCCGUACCAAGUGUGUUCCUCCAUGCUGACCCAGUUAGCCACAUUGUGAACAAGAUGAGGCUGGUGCAAGAAGCCUCAUGCCUUCGUGCCUUUCAUCCUGGGAAUGCCGGUCCUCGAGCAGCUGCUUCUGCAUGGUUCUUUUGUGUGCUUAGUGUCCAUGGGUUGACUCGUCCUACAUAAAACCCACCCAUACUCAGUUCAGUUCCUGAGCUUUCUAGUUCCUCUUCCACCCCUUAAAGCAGGUUAUAACCUUGAUGUCUUAUGUAUGUUUAUGCUGUUUUUGAUAGCAAGUUGUUUUGUGCUUACCGGGAGUGGUUGGUUUGGUAACAUGUGCUUGGUGGCUUUCCUGGAAGGAAAACUUCUGAGCCUGGUGAUCCGUAGUACUCUCCCUGUUUGGUUGUCUGCGCUGUGCACAGGAAUUCUUCACAUUACAACCAGCACCUGGAGGGACUUCUCUGGGCCUGGGACUGAAUUAUUAUCCAUGACUGUUUAGUGAAUCACCAAACUCUCACCAGAUGCUUUUUGAAAACACAAGAUAGUACAAUUACAUGAUGGCCAAAUCUGAAAAAAUUGUUUCUUAUAUAGAUUUUAAACUGCCAAUUUCAAAAGUUCAGCCAAAUAGUAUUAAUAAUUUGAAGGCUUUGGGAAAACAGUACAAAAUUUGUAUUAUCUUUGUACUUUUGUAAAACUUCAAAAUAAAUUUCUUAGUAUCUCUUGA